AUGAUGCUAAAUCCAAGGUAUGCCAUUCCCAAAUUCUCUCCUAAUCCUAUUCUAACUUCUUCUACAUUGUUUCUUUAUCGCUUCUUCAGUCAUUUGCAACGCCACUAUGGUAGAAAAAGUUCUGGGUUUCAUAAUGUAGAUGCUGCUGUUACUCGUUUCAAUUGCUUGAUUCACGCACUUUCUCCGCCACCCACUUGUGAAUUUGACAAGGUUUUAGGAGCUAUUGUGAGGAUGGGUCAUUAUCCCACUGCAAUUUCUCUUUUUUCGCAGUUUCAACAACUUAGGGGAAUUUCACCUUCCAUUGCUACUUUCAGCAUCUUGAUUAACUGUUUUUGUCAUCAAUCUCAUAUGGGUUUUUCUUUUUCGUUAUUGGGUACCAUUCUUAAGAGUGGCUAUGAACCUAACAUGGGAAUCUGUUUGAUGAUAACAGUCUUGCAGCUGGCUCAAUUACCCAAUAUUAAGGUUGCGACUGUACUCCUCUCUUCUGCUUUUGCCUACGACAUCUUUUGGGUGUUCAUAUCUCCGUUGAUAUUACAUGAAAGUGUCAUGAUUGCAUGUGGAUUGAGCCCAGUGGCGGAGCCAGCGUCCGGCCAGGUAGGGCAGCUGCCCAGGCUCCGCCCGACCAUGCUUCACCAUCUCGCGAUGGAGAUCUUCUAUAGCCAUCUUCCGACACACCAUACCGUAAACAGAUACACACCGCAACACCACUCUUGCCUUUCUGGUUUCCGUUCAAUCAAUUAUCGGUUGUGGUGUUGA